UGUUGUUGGUUCGUGGGUGUCGAGUCGAGAAGCAAACGGCGCAAUGUGAAUUUUGUGUAAACAAAAUAGUUGAUAAGAUAUUCGCACGGAUUUACUCGGGAGUCGCGCGACAUAUUCUUUGUUGGCAAGCCCAGAAAAAUUGCUGUAUCGAGCGGCUAAUUAAAGCCAGGCUUCAGUUCUUGCGCGCGUGUGUGUGUAUGUGUUUUAGGCCCUCGAGCGAAGCCCAAAAAAAAAGAAGUUUUUCUGUUACCAUAUUUUUUACCAAGGGCCAAAGGGCGCAGCAUCUCUGCUCUCUAUCUAUCUUUCUCUCUCUCUUAACCGUUAAUGUGAGUUUCGCAACUCCAGUUAUUGUGUUAACAGCAGGUGAAAAAAUUAAACACAAAAAAACCAAAAGGAGUGAGGAGAAAGAACGGAGAAGAAGCAGCAAAGCGGACCAACAAAAGUGACGCAUAAAUAAAGGUUGCUAAUUACAAAAGGCAAAUCGGCAUAACAGAGUAUCAGGAAUGGAGCUGGAGCCGCGUGUGGCCAUCCUGCAGGACCUGCGCCUGCAGACCUUCGACUCCAUUCGAUUCGCCUCCUACCGCACGGCCUCCAAGCUGCGCUACAUACAGAAGUCCACGAACCUCCAUCUGGUGGACAUUUGGAAUGUGAUCGAGGCGUUCCGCGAGAACGGGCUCAACACCCUGGAGCCGCAGAGCGAGGUGAGCGUGGCCAGGCUGGAAACCCUGGUCUCCUCGCUGUACCACAACCUCAACAAGCGCCUACCCACCGCCCAGCAGGUGCCCGUGGACUCGAAGGCGGGUCUGCUGCUCAACUGGCUCCUGGCCGCGUACACAAGUGAUAACUCGGGCAAGAUUCGCGUGUUCUCCAUCAAGGUGGCCCUGGCCACCAUGUGCUCCGGCAAGCUGGUGGACAAGCUCAGAUACAUAUUCUCGCAGAUCUCGGACGGCGCUGGCCAGCUGGUGGCCUGGAAGCUGGGCGAGUUCCUGCGCGAAGUGCUGGCCCUGCCGGCGGCCGUGUACGAGUCGCCCACAUUCCACUACAAGGAGGGGCUCGAGGAGGAGAUCUUUCCGGCCGAGAACAAGGUGACGGUGAACGACUUUAUGGCCACGCUGAUGUCCGAGCCGGGGCCGUCCUGUCUCGUCUGGCUGCCGCUGGUGCACCGGCUGGCCACCGUGGAGACCAUUGUGCAUCCGACUGUCUGCUCUGUUUGCCACAAGGAAAACUUCACCGGGUUUCGUUAUCGCUGUCAGCGGUGUCACGCCUACCAGUUGUGUCAGGAGUGCUUCUGGCACGGCAAGACAUCGCUGAACCACCAGAACGAUCACGAGGUCAAGGAGUACUCGAGCUACAAGUCGCCCAGCAAACAGAUCGGCCACUCGCUGCGCAAGAGCUUCCGCUGUGUGCCCGAGAAGACGGUGCAGGUGCUCCCGCGCUUUCCCGACCAGCCGGAGAAGACGCUCAACCUGUCGCACAUCGUGCCGCCCUCGCCGCUGCCCUCACACAACGGCUUCUCGGACCCCUCGGGCCUCGUACAUGGCCACCAUGGCCCGCAUCCGCAUCCGGGCCUCCCGGGCCAGCACGGCCUCUUCGAUCGCUCCAGCACGCUCGACUCGCGGGCCACAGGCCGCAGUCUGGACAGCGCCAGCGGCACCGCCGGCACCACCAUGUCCCGCGUGGCCGCCGCCUCCGCCAACGACGAGGAGCACCGCCUGAUCGCCCGCUACGCCGCCCGACUGGCCCAGGAGAACAGAGCGCCCUCCAACUUGCCCGACAGUGCUACCCCCAUCGGCACGGACAACUCGCGGGCCCAGCGCGAGCUGAUUGCCCAACUGGAGUCCAAGAACAAGGAGAUAAUGCGGGAGAUAGCGCGACUGAGGCGUCAGCAGGAGACGGAGCAGAUGGCCCCGGAGAACCCGGCGCUGAUCAACGAGCUGCGGGCCUUGAGGCAGCGGAAGGGGGAACUGGAGGGUCACCUGGGUGCCCUGCAGGACUCGCGGCGGCAGCUUAUGGAACAGCUGGAGGGGCUGAUGCGCAUGCUGAAGAACCAGCAGACCGCCUCGCCGCGCUCCACGCCCAACUCGAGUCCUCGCUCCGGCAAGUCCCCACCCAUGCCCGGAGGAGCUGGUAUCCUGGGCACCUCGCCCAUGAGUGCCCUGCACGCCCAGCAGAUGCAGCAGCAUCCCAUGGCCGGGGGAGGAGUCAGGGCCACCCAGCAGCAACUCCUCCAACAGCAACAGCAGCAGCAGGCUCACGGACAUGGUCCAUUCAGCCAGAGCCAACUGGAGCAGCUCAACCAGAUCAGCAGCGACAUGCGCAGCGCCUUCGCCGCCAACGGAAGUGCAAAUUUCGACGAAUCUCAAUCGUAUAACCAAGAGUGGAACGAAAAGGCAAAUGCGAAUAGCCAAUGGCAGGAGCAGUUUGCACAAUGGAGUCUUAAUUCGCAGAAGAACUAAGACUUCGCCAGUGGACCAGUGGAAACCGCAAGACUGGGAGCAUCCGGAGGCCGCUGAACAGAUGAAGACGAACUCUCGCUUAGUUUUUUACCUUACACUUACUCAUAUGUUGACUUAGAGCAAUUUAUUUAUUGAUUAUUUUAUUGAGACGUAGCCUACACUACCUUAAUCAUUAUAAUUUAAACUUUGAGGAUUGGUAUCUACACAGUAACAUGUAUGUAAACGUACAUAAAUAUUGAUAUAUAUAUAAAAGCAAAGUAUAUAAAUAUAGCUGGUAAGCAAGACUUGCAGUUGCACUGCUCUUCGAAGUCGCAAAAUCGAUUGAAUCUCGUUUAAACUUUUAUGAUCGCACUGCUAAAGGCGAUGGCGUUUUAAUUUUAGGUUUCCGCGAUUUCAUAAUUGGCUUUUAGAUUUUGUAAGCGCCCGCUCCAGCGGUUAUUUAUUACCAUGAAACCUAACAAAUUGAAAAUCAAAUCACGUAAUGCAUAAUACAAAUACGAUAUAGACAUUUACAUAUUAUGUACUUAAUAACUAGCAACUUGUUGAGAACCUAAAAUCAAAUUCUAAAUGCUAAACAUUAUACACUUUGAGAUACGAUAAAGUCGACAACUAUUUGAGCCACAAUAAAACCCCAUGUUAAACACUAAAUUGAAAAAACUAAACACGAUUUAUAUAUUAUCCAUUUAUAAUAUGCAUUCAUACACAAAAAGUUAUACCAUAUAAUCGUAACGGCAUAAAGCACGAGAUAGAGAAAAUCCGACAUUUAUAGAACUUAUACUAACUACUGAAUAAUAUUACAAAAGAGAAAACUAAAUAAAAAGGCAUUUUAAACAAUCACAAA